AUGGUUUUGAAUUUGGACAAUUAAGACAUUUAUAGGCUAAAAUAUAACUAAUUUUUUAAGAGAAUCAUUAUUUUUAGAAUAAUAAAUACGUAUUAUUAGAUUCUAUAGGAAGCCAAAUGUUAAAAUCAUAUAAGAAUAUUGAAGUAUAAACUAAUAUCUAAAUUCAUUAGUUUUUAUCUUGUGGAUACAAAUGAAUUAAUAGUAAGUGUGAAAAUUUUGGUAAUUUUGGUUCAAAUUGUAUUUUUAUAGAUAUUCAUCAUUAUUAAAUAAAUAAUUUUAAAAUAAUGA